AAUAAAAAAUUAAAUAAGUAUUUUCUAAUAAAAAGAUGUAUCGAAAACUAAUAUGUAUAUUUAAUUAUCUGUUGAUAUUUUUACUUAUGAGAAAAUCUUGUGCACAAAACUUGCCAGGAAAUAGCUGUUUUACUAGUGAUUAUCAAAUAGGAGAAUGUAUAAAUAUCCUCGGGUGUCCAGAUGUCUUGGAUCUUUUGCAAAUACAGGUCAAGACUCCUGAAAUUAUACGAAAUCUUCGUAACUCACAAUGUGGUAUCGAAGGUCGAUAUCCUAAAGUUUGCUGUGCUCUUAAAAAUCAACUAUGGACACCUAAAAAAACAAACGUUAUAUCGACGACGGAAUCAUAUAAUCCUGAUUCAAACACUCCGUCUUUUCGCCAACCUAGCGAUCCACUUCUUCCUUCUAAUUGCGGUCGUGAUCUUUCUGUAAGGAUUAUCGGAGGUGAACGAGCUAGUAUUGAUGAAUUCCCGUGGAUAACUUUAUUAGAAUACGACAACCCGGAUGGAAGAAAAUCGGCACUCUGCAGUGGAAUGUUAAUAAGUAAGCGCUAUGUUUUGUCUGCAGCCCAUUGCGUCAAUUCUGAAGAUCUAAAAGCUUGGCGACCUGAAAGAGUAAUAUUUGGUGAAUAUGAUAGAAGAACAAAUCCCGAUUGUGUUAGUGAUGGUUACAACAGUAAAAUUUGCGCCCCAUCAAUAGUAAAAAUAGAUAUCGAAGAAAUUAUACAACACGAGGAUUACAAAUCAGUAUCACAAUCUAGAGAUAGAACAAACGACAUAGCUUUAAUUCGAUUAUCUUCACCAGUUGAAUUUACAGAUUACAUCAAGCCAAUUUGUUUACCACACAAUGGAAAUAUUCCCCAAAAACUAUGGGUAGCAGGAUGGGGUGCUACUGAGAAUGGAUCUCGCUCUGAUGUUAAACUAAAACUUGCUAUUUCUCCCUUCAAUCACGAAGAAUGUCAAGCGCGAUAUGGAAAAUCUUCAAUAUCGAUUAAAAACAAUCAAAUUUGUGCAGGCGGACAGUUAAGAAAAGACUCAUGUAGAGGUGAUUCCGGUGGUCCUCUCAUGUCUGUUGAAAGAACCGCUGAUGGAACUGGAAAAUGGACUGCAGUUGGUGUUGUGUCUUUUGGUCCUGAUAAUUGUGGUUUACCAGGUUGGCCAGGGGUUUACACCAAAAUAGAUGAUUAUAUCAAUUGGAUAAUGAGAAGAUUAAGACCCGAACCGAGAGCUCAUUAUUGGAAAUGAUUUUUUAAACAGAUUUGUCAAUAGUUUUAUUAAAUUACCAGUCAAUUAUCAAUCUUUUUUAAAU